UUGUAUUAUUAACCGACGACUGGAUGGCAAAAGUUCAGUGCGCUCGCAGCUAUUAUGUGGAUUAUCUGCCUCUUGCUGUUGCCCCUUGUGGCGGCCAGUUCCAAUACAAGACUUCUAAAUGGCAUCCUUAAUCAUGUGGACAAGGAGGCCAAUCCCUGUGAGAACUUCUACAACCACGCCUGCGGCCAGUACAACAUGCGUCACAUGGACGACACCUUUUUCGACAUUAUACAGAUGCUGGAUCACCAGGUUAACCAGAACUUGGUGAAAGUAAUGGACGAUCUGGAACUGAGUUCUCAAUCGCCGGACUUUAAUGUAUCUAGUGUAGAUGGCAAGGUCCUUCGCUACUACCUUAGUUGUCGUGGAGCGCCGCGGAAUAUGGAUAGUUUAAGCGAGUAUCUGAAAGUGAUUUCCCCCGGCGAAGGACUCACAUGGCCUCAGUUCAUUCCGGACGGUAGUUCUUGGCCCCAGGAAAAUUUCAAAUGGCUCGAGACACUGGCUCAUCUGCAUCGCUACGGUCUAACUAACGUGUUUUUCAACCUUGAAGUCGUGUCGAACCCACGAAAUGCCACCGAGUACAUGGUAGAAUUGAAUACCCCCACUUUCGGAGAAGAAUCUCAACUGCCAAACAGUUUUAUUGAAAUUCUAUCCGUUCUGUAUGUCAUGAAGGUUCCUUCUAGUGAAAUCAUUACUCUGGCUCGAAAAAUACGAACGCUUGAAUUGUCGCUUAAAACGAUGAUCAAUCCGAUCGACAGACCGAAUAAUAGAUACAUUAGUAUCCGCGAUUUUGAGAUGGAAACCGGUCACAACUGGCAGCGUUUCUUUGAGAUUUUAAUAGGUUCCAGCGCCGCCCCAGAACUCCAAGUGUUGGUGCGCAAUUUUAGGUACUUUACCAGCCUUAAGGAACUAAUGGACAAGCAGGAUGCCCGGCUGGUGGCCAGCUACAUAAUGACCCGGUUUGCAAUAUUUCUAUUUGAUGAAACCACGGGUGGCAGAGAAUCCGCGGAGUGUGUGUCACAGAUGCGCCGCAACUUGAAUUUGGCUGCAAGCAUGCUCUAUAAGGAACGAUUUUUCGAACACUCCGCUUUCAGUGGCAAUGUCCUGGAAAUUAAGGACAUUUUCGAGAAACUACGCCAUCAGUUUCUGCUGCAAGUCGAUCAAAAUCAUCUAGAGUUGACUGCUUUGCAGAAGAAAUUCGUCGUUCGAAAGGCAGAGGCAAUUGAGAUCAACGUUGGGAAUCUUCCAAAAACCGAUAAUCUUCGCCAGUUCGUCGGCCAGUACUACCAAGACCUGCAGUUUCCCACUGGCGAGCUGGAUUACCAUCAGCUGCAUCUCAAGGUGCUGCAGUUUCGCACCCAAAAGAUGUUGGCCCAAAUCCAGCAAAGGGCACUCAGAGGAGCCGAAUAUUUUGACUUACAGGAGCCAAGCAGCGCCAUUGCCUCCACCUCGUACUAUGUGAUGCGCCCCAAUGUGAUUAUUGUCCCACUUGGGCUACUGCAGGAGCCAUUCUUUCAGCUGGAAAGCGAUGAUGUCUUCAAGUACAGCCUGAUGGGAUAUAUUUUGGCACAUCACUUGAUAAGCGCCUUUGCCACCGAGGGCAUUACAAUUGGCAGCGAUGGAAACGAUCAACCAUUCAGAUCGCAUCGUUUCGAAGAAGCAGUCAGUUGCUUGUCACGCAAUGCAGACAACAUCGAUGAAACCAUGGGCGAUAUUGCCGGUCUAGAACUGGCCUAUUCUACUUAUGCCAAGAUGGCCAAGAAUCGAAACCGUUUGGAUUUCACCCAUUUGCCACCGGAGCAGAUAUUCUUCCUAAAUGCCGGCCAGUUCUUCUGCGGCAAUAGCGAUAUGUUGGUUCAGUACAAGGAAGAUCAAGUGCGUUUACAGAGAGCUAUCGAAGGGUUUGAGCCAUUUGACAAGGCUUUUGGGUGCAACCGCAAUAAGCCUCAGCACGAGAAGUGUCGUUUAUGGUGAAUACCCUGCACAUAUGCUUAGAAAUACAUUUAUUUUGGAUAACACUAAUACAAGACAAUCGUGUUAAAAUAAAAAGGUUGUA